AAAAUCCAGACGACAACGACGCUCUCUGGGCAGUGUACUUACUUACACAGGUGGAUUUGGAAAGGAAGGAGCUUUGCUCCUCUCCACAUCUCUCGCUGUUUCUCUCCUGAAUGAAGUCGAACUCCAAAGAAGGGUAGAGAGCAUUCAACUGGAUAUUGGAGAAGACGGCAAGUUCCAUCCACCCCGACUUACUUCCUCCAACCACCCCAGGACACCACUCAACACCACCCAACACCAGGCCAGUGAGUAAGUGAGUGAGUGUGAGUCCGUAUCGUGGUAAGUACUAGUACCUAGACGAACGUGGACAUGGUAGUUGAUCUUCAUCUCAAGACCGAGAGGUGGUAUUGAAGUGAGGAGACUGGGAGACAGGGAGACCGGGAGACCUCUGCCAAACGUCGUUCUCACACGCCUCGACGCAAUCAAGUGCGUUGGCGGCCCCGCAGUACCUAAACCAUUUCACCUGUGUAGGUAGAGAUCAACCCCCCUUCUUCUUCCCCGACAAUUCAAGCGACACCCAACGUGUAGAUUCUGGAUGGACCUUCUCUCGCUCUCCUCGUUGCUGCUCAGUUUGUGAGUGAUCAUCGUUGUGUCAGGCCAGAAGACGUCGAGGUCUGGGAGUAGCCGCGGUCAGGUGGUUCUUCUGGCCCUUGAAAGGAACCCCCCACAAAACAUUGAGGUGAAAUCUGCCCCCUUGAACUGAGUACAUACAUACUCAAAUGGGGAAGGGUCGCUCUUCGGGUGCACCUUUGGCCACUAUUUGCCCAGGUCUUCUUGGCCCCAAUAUGCGUGCUGCAGCCUCGUCUCGACGUCACUGAGGGCAUCAUCAGAGAGCGAAGUACUGGGAGAAGACUCGGGUUCUCAGUUGAAUAAGUGGUGCUUUGACUAGUGUCCGUGCAUCCGGUCUCUCUCUCUCUCAAAAUACUCGGAUGAUGAUGAGGAUUGUGAUAGUGGUGGUGGAGAAGAAGCCGAGUCCCUAUUCACUCCGGUCUGUUUGAAUUGAGAUUAGACUUGCGAGUUGUGGCAGGGGAAAUAAUCAGUUGUGAUGCAGAAAAACAUGGAGGACCCACAAAAUCAAAGUAGUGCCUACAGCUCUCUGGCCAAUUCCACAACGGAAAUCAACGAGAAAUCGACCAGUCCAAUCAUGAAGACCACGCCUAGUUCCAGACAAUCUUUAGUGACCACGUCCUUGACACUGGGCCCGAGUGGCGAGAAAUGUGCCGUGCAGAUCAGGAAAAUCACUGACGACUACAAUGCCUUGCUCAAGCGGGCCACAUCCGAGAUCAAGACCUUGACUAUGGGCAAGUACGAGCUUCAGGAUCAGUGUGAGAAACUCCUGACCGUGAAUGAAGAGUUGGCCGGAGAGUUGACACGUUUGAUCCGUCAGGAAACGGACCUAAAGGCCGAGAAUGGGGACGUGAUUCGAGCUAAUGCGGAACUGUUUGACGAGGUCCAACGUUUGACUGAUGAGGAGUCCCGAUGGUCCGAAGAGCGAAGCCAAUUUGAGGCCGAGAUUGCGGCCCUCAAGACACAGAUUGGCGAGAUUGAGGCCAAGAUGAGUGCGGGUGAUACGGAGGCAGAGGCCAAUGCCAAAGCUACCAUAGAAGAGGUGAAGACGAGACACAGGAAGCAGCUGGAGGACUACCAGCUUGAGCUCAAGAUGCUUCUCCAGCACAAUAAGGAGCUCGAGGAAGAAGUCAACACCCUUGCCACAUCUGUGCAUAAAUUAGAGUCAGAGCAAGAGAAUCUCAUGCAAAAGAAAGAGAAGAUCUCGGGCGAGAACCUCCAGCUUAUGGUGGAGGUGGAUGAGCAAUCCAAGCGAUUCCGAGCCAAGUCGCAAGAUCUCCAGACCCAAUUGAGCAAGUUUGAGGAGAAAUGCUUGGUACUGGAGCAAGAGAAUGCACGGCUAAAGAGCUCCAUGGCUGAUCGAUCCACUUCAUCUGUCAAUAGUGGACAAUUGACGACACAGCAAGAGAAACGGCUCGAGACUUUGGUGGAGAAGAACAAGAACUUGACGGAAUGGCGUGAGCAAUUGAUUGAGAAGAAUAAAGCACUCACCGAGGAGAACACCAAGCUCAAGGCCAAGUGUACAAAUCUGGAAGAUCUUCUCAACGAAGAGGAGACGGACAUCAACGACAUCCUGGAGUUGAUUAAGAAAAUGCAAGUAGGCUCACCCAACGCCACCACUGCGGUGCUCCAAGGGGCCAAGAUAGGACCCAUCUCCAAGUUCAGAGAUUUGCAAUUCAAAUAAACUGCUUCUCUCUCUGCUUCUCUGUGUCAGAUAUUUAAAACGAGAAAAAAAAACACUAGAAAUAUGUGCCUGUGUGUGUGUACCCUUUUGCCCCAUCUCGCUGCGGUCUUCAUCUCAGCCUGCAGUCUUCCCUCAACUAAUUAUCAAAGACAUAAUGAUGUGGCAAUAUUGCUUGCAAUUUGCAAGUCAAGCAGUGAAAGUGGCUCCUUCUUGAACUUUUUUCGAACUUCUUCAUUGUCUUCUUGGCAAGAAUGGACUCCUCAGUACCGCAUGCCCAAUCAAUGUGAAGCUCGGAAGGUGCAAUUUCCAAUGAUUUUGUCCUCAUCCCCAAGCCAUCUUGUGUCCCAUUGUUCCAGUCCGUCAUUUAAGAAUUUGUCAUAAUUAUUGAAUGAAAUCUCGAUUCUUCAUUCCCCACCAAUUGUUUGUAUUGCGCAAUAUCGAACGCUUGACAAGGAAUAAAAGCUUCAAUUUAGCCCUCCCAAAUGUCA